AUGGGCUCUACCACUGAUUACCGACCAGAGACCGCCGGGCCAUACGAGUCCGUCCCCGCCGGGCCAUCCGAGACAGUACCCGCCGGGCCAUCCGAGACACUCCUCGCCGGGCCCUCCGAGACAGUCCCCGCCGGGCCAUCCGAGACAGUCCCCGCCGGGCCAUCCGAGACAGUCCCCGCCGGGCCAUCCAAGAUAGUCCCCGCCGGGCCAUCCGAGACAGUCGCUGCCAGGCCAUCUGAGUCCGUUCCCGCCCGGACACCAGAGUCCAUCCCCGCCGAGACCGUCCUUGACAGGCCAUCCUGCCACGAAAAUGCAAUUCCGUAA